CCAGUGGCAGUCAUGGCGCCACCCGUGAGGUACUGCAUUCCGGGCUGCUUUUGAUUUCGCGGUCAUUAGGCAGGGGCACUACGGACGCGUCUUUAGUGCCUCAGCAGUAGAACAGCUGGUCUCCGAGUUUCUUCCAGCUGAGGUCUCCACUGCUGGGCACUUAGCCACCACAGACCAGAUGUGUUGCUCUCGCUUGAUUAUAUUGCUGACACUCGGGGAAGGAAGUUAGGGGACGAGCGGAGGCGGACUGAGCCCUGCAGUGAGCUGAAUCUUGUCCGAAUGUCGCCCACCUCUCCGGUUACAUCUUGCUCCGCCAUUCCCACCUCACUCUGCAGUCUAGUCACACAGGCUUCUUUCACUGUCGCUAGUGGGCUUCCUGUCAUUUCUGUCAUGAGAGAAACAGAGUCCCAGUUACUACCAGAUGUGGGGGCUAUUGUAACCUGUAAGGUCUCUAGCAUCAAUUCGCGCUUUGCCAAAGUGCACAUCCUAUAUGUAGGGUCCACACCACUUAAGAACUCUUUUCGAGGAACUAUCCGCAAGGAAGAUGUCCGAGCUACUGAAAAAGACAAGGUUGAGAUUUAUAAAAGUUUCCGCCCAGGUGACAUUGUCUUGGCCAAAGUGAUCUCCCUGGGUGAUGCACAGUCCAACUACCUCCUGACCACUGCUGAGAACGAACUCGGGGUGGUGGUCGCCCACAGUGAAUCAGGUGUCCAGAUGGUUCCCAUUAGCUGGUGUGAGAUGCAGUGCCCUAAGACCCACACUAAAGAAUUCCGGAAAGUGGCCCGAGUACAACCUGAAUUCUUGCAGACUUAAGAAGCCACAUUUUACCCCAUGGAGAGGGGUAAGCCAUUUCUGAGAGUACAUGUAUGAACCCAACAUCAAGAUGCCAUUGUUUUUAUUCAGACACCUGGGGUUGGCCAACAACCACCUUUAGAAAAACCUGCUAGCAACUUCUGCUGCAGGUGGAAUAUUUUUCUUAUGAACCUUUCAGUGGAUUUCAUUCUCUUAAGUGAUCAAUUUCUCUUUUGGAGGAGCCAGCAAACAAACUGUAUAACGUUGGAAGUAGCCUGUUCCUUCUGACAGUCUUGCAAAUACAUAUUUUUGGCUGUGACAAAGAAAACAUUUUUACUAAAAGGAUUUUAUGGUUUCUGUUGUCUUGAGUAGGGAAGGGAAUCCAAAAAGCAUCAUGACAUUUAGAGCAGGGGUUUGCCUGGUUGCUGACACUCAUUAACUGACGUGUGUCAAGUGCUUACUUCCUCUGGAAAAGCCUAAUCUCCAACCUUUUUUGUCUUUUUUAUGUUCUAUUUUAAGCACUUCCACUUAUUGAGUACUUACUAUGUGCCAGGCACUGGAUCAAGCACUUUAUAUACAUCUCAUUUAGAGAGAUUACAGUUUAGUGAAAAUUACAGAACAUAUGGGGAUUCAGGGUACAUGUGAGUAGUUCUGAAACUAAUUAGGUGAACAUAGUAUUACUGAUUUAGUGGUACCCCAGGAAAUGUUUGCUAAAUCUGAAAAGAGGGACAGAGCACUGUCACGUAAGGUGACCAGGGAAGGAUCUGUGAUGUGAAGUAAAAGGAAUUGAACUUAGCUAAGUGGAAUGAAGAUAUUCAAGGCAGACAGAGAAGCCUGAGCAAAGUGCAGAAGCAGGAAUGAACAUGCAAGUUUGGGGAUGAGGAAGGGAUGAGGUGUUAAGCAUGAAGAAGCUGCCGAGGGAAUGGAAGGAAAGAAUUAGCGGAGAGGUCAGUUGUUGAGAUGUUCUUCAAGGAUUCUAUAUCUUUUAUGUGUAGUGACAGUGGUUACAGGUGAACUCGAGUCAUUCCGCCUGGGUUUAUAUCCUCUAGCUGCUAGCCUUGAAUAGGUUAGGUUGUUCUGUUUUUUUUAAUAGAAAAUAGAAUUGAGAUCAUUGUAGCUCCACAUGCAGUUUUAAAAAAUAAUAGAGAUUCCUUGUACACUUUGCCCAUUUUCCCCCAAUGGUGAUAUUGUACAAAUUACAGUAUACUAAAAUAAUCAGGAUGUUGAACAUUGAUGAUAGUGCAAGUUAUUUUUGUUUCUUUUAAAGUCUGUUUCCUCCUCUGGAAUAGUAUGAUCUCAUAGGGUUAUUGUGAGGAAGAAAUGCCAAAGUUCCAGUACAUGCCGGUAUUGUAUGUUGUUAUUAUAGACCUGAUUGCCUUCUAUCAAGUAUCUGUCAAAUUCCAAGCCUUAUGUUAGACACUUUGAUGUAGUUUAAGCAGUCCCCUUACUGAUAGACAUUUUAAACUUUACAGAUUUUUCUUUUACAGGCAAUGCUACUGAGAAAAUCCCUAUACUGUAUAUCCUUGUGCAUGCCUAGGUUUUAUGGCAAAACAGAUUCCUAGAAGUGGAA